AUGGCCAACCUGGCACCGUUAUCAUCGAGACUCUCACGACCGCAGGCUCAGAUGCCAAUGCUCCCAGUACCGCCCCAGCCGGUCCCGGCAGUACAUAUAUCACAGUUCACGACUGUUGAGCCUUCGAACGGCAACCCUGGCACUGUUGUUAUUCAGACCCCAGGUAUCGAGACUGGCGGAAAGGUUGUCGUUCCUCCAGUCACGGUUGACCCCUCACCAGGUGAACAGUACACUACAAUUUACAGACCUCACACUGGCACCGAUGUUAUCACUGCGCCUGUAACAAUUACCACCAUUGCACCAGCGGGUGGCCAGCCAGGAACAGUCAUCAUCGAAACUCCAGAGCCGGAGACAGCCGGUCCCAACCCGACAGUUACCCUAACCCCUGGACCUAAUGAGUCUUACGUGACUGUCUUCCAACCUCACACCGGAACUGAUGUGAUUACUGGUCCCGUUGUCAUUACCACUAUCGCCCCUGCCAAUGGUCAACCUGGCACUGUCAUCAUUGAAACCCCAGUCGCGCCCGAGUCUACAUCUGCUCCUGUUCCUGCAGACUCCGCCACAAGUGCCCCUCAAGCCACUCCCACUUAUGUUACGGUUUAUCGUCCUCACACCGGACCAGAGAGGAUUACAGCCCCAGUCACAAUCACCAUGAUCAACCCGAGUGGUGACCAGCCUGGAACUGUCAUAAUUGAGACUCCCGACCAGGACUUGCCUCCUGUGACAACCUCUGCUGGCCCUGCUGCUUCUUAUAUUACGGUCUAUCAACCUCACACUGGAACAGACAGGAUCACCGCUCCUGUCACUAUCACGACCAUUGAACCUACAAACGGCCAACCUGGCACAGUGAUUAUUGAGACUCCAGGACAGCAAGCGCCUCCUGUGACAUCUACCCCUGCCCCCACUUCGUACGUAACCAUUUCUAGGCUUUACACUGGAACAGACCAGAUCACAGAACCAAUCACAACGACUGUUCCUCCUCAGGGAGAUCAGCCUGGUACAGUUAUCGUCGAGACUCCCGGGCAGAAGACUCUCGAGACUUCUGCCUCUUCUACAUCAUCCUAUGUGACGAUUACGAGGCCUUACACUGGUAUCGACCAGAUCACGGCCCCCAUCGUUACUACUGUACCCCCUGAAGGUGGUCAACCCGGCACAGUCAUUUAUGAGACUCAAGCUCCUUUCGUCACCGUCUUCCGACCGUAUACUGGAACGGAUCAGAUUACUGGACCCGUGACUGUCUCAACCAUUGCUCCAAAUGGAGGCCAACCGGGCACAAUCAUCGUCGAGACACCUGGAGCUGGCCCUGCCGUUACUACAACGCCUCCAGCUCCAUCAUACGUCACUGUCACCAAUCUUUACACCGGAACGGAGAUGCUUACUGGGCCUACCACUGUGACCACCUUCCCUCCUCAAGGCGAUCAGCCUGGUACAGUCAUUGUUGAGACCCAGGACUCUUAUGUGACUAUUUCGACCCUGUAUACUGGUGCCAGUACAAUCACUGGUCCGGUUCCUCUUACUACAAUUCCUCCUCAGGGCAACCAGCCCGGAACUGUCGUGAUUGGAACUCUUGGAUCAUAUGUUACGAUCACCACUCAGUACACUGGUGCGGAUCCGAUUUCUGGACCAAGGACUGUCACCACCAUUCCUCCUCAAGGAGACCAGCCAGGUACUGUGGUUGUCGAGACACCUCAGUCUUACAUCACUACCACUGUUCCAUACACUGGUGUUGAUCAAAUAACUGCACCUAUCACAGCUACCACUAUCCCUCCAUCGGGAGGCCAGCCAGGAACAGUGGUUGUCCAAACGCAGGCUCCGUUUGCUACGGUCUAUCGCCCUCACACUGGACCUGACAGAAUCACGGCCCCAGUGACUGUUUCAACCAUUGCUCCUAAUGGUGAUCAGCCUGGUACUAUCAUAGUCGAGACUCCUGGAUCGGAGCCUCCUGUCACGACAACACCUCCUGCUCCUUCUUACAACACCGUCUAUGAGGAAUACACUGGCACUGACGACAUGACUGAAGCUAGUGCGAGGACCACUAUUCAGCCUCAAGGCGAUCAGCCAGGUACAAUUAUCUUUGACACCCCUGGAGUUCGUGUUAUUUCCACCAGUGCUGCACAGCCUUCUUAUGUUACUGUUUAUCGACCUCACACUGGCCCAGACAGAAUCACACAGCCUGUCACAGUCACGACUAUCGCCCCUCAAGGUGAUCAACCAGGAACUGUUGUAAUUGAGACGCCUGGAUCUGAGCCUGCAGUUACAUCAACACCGGCUCCUCAACCCUCUUACAUCACUGUCUAUCAACCCCACACUGGUCCGGAUAGAAUCACAGAGCCUGUUACAGUCACAACUAUCGCCCCUCAGGGCGAUCAGCCAGGAACUGUUGUAAUUGAGACGCCUGGGUCUGAGCCUGCCAUUACAUCGACACCUGCUCUUCAACCCACAUACGUCACAGUCUAUCAGCCUCAUACUGGUCCUGAUAGAAUCACUGAACCUAUCACAGUCAUAACUGUUGCUCCCCAGGGCGAUCAGCCCGGCACUGUUAUCAUCGAGACACCUGGGUCGGAACCUGCUAUAACGACAGGUCCUGCCGCUCAGCCUUCCUAUGUCACAGUCUAUCAGCCUCACACUGGUCCUAAUAGAAUCACUGAACCUAUCACAGUCAUAACUGUUGCUCCCCAGGGCGAUCAGCCCGGCACUGUUAUCAUUGAGACCCCAGGUUCAGAGCCACCUAUCACCUCUGGGCCUUCUGCAGAGCCUUCUUACAUUACGAUCUAUCAACCCCAUACUGGACCUGAUCAAAUCACGGCUCCGAUUACAGUCACAACGAUUGAGCCUCAAGGAACUCAGCCUGGAACCGUGAUCAUUGAGACUCCUGUGUCUGCACCAGCUGUCACCACAGGACCACCAUCGCCAGCCCCCGAGCCCUCGUAUGUCACAGUAUAUCGACCUCACACAGGAGCAGACCAAAUCACAGCCCCUGUUAUGAUAACAACAAUCGAGCCCCAAGGUGGCCAACCCGGCACUGUCAUCAUCGAAACUCCUGGUUCUCAACCACCUGUUACCUCGAGUCCGGCUGCAGAUCCUUCCUAUGUUACCGUAUUCAGACCUCACACAGGCGCGGAUCAAAUUACAGCCCCUGUUAUGAUAACAACAAUCGAGCCCCAAGGUGGCCAACCCGGCACUGUCAUCAUCGAAACUCCUGGUUCUCAACCACCUGUUACCUCGAGUCCGGCUGCAGAUCCUUCCUAUGUUACCGUAUUCAGACCUCACACAGGCGCGGAUCAAAUUACAGCCCCUGUUACGAUAACAACAAUCGAGCCUCAAGGUGGCCAACCUGGUACCGUAAUUAUUGAGACCCCUGGCUCUGAACCAGCUAUUACCUCGAGCCCAGCUGCAGAGCCUUCUUAUAUUACUGUAUUCAGACCUCACACGGGUGUUGAUAUCAAUACUGCUCUAGUAACCAUUACCACAAUUGAACCUCAGGGUGGCCAACCUGGUACUGUGAUUAUCGAGACCCCUGGGUCUCAACCACCUGCCACUUCGAGCCCAUCCGCAGAGCCCUCUUAUGUUACUGUAUUCAGACCUCACACGGGUAUUGAUACCAUUACUGCUCCAGUUACGAUCACGACUAUCGAGCCACAAGGGGACAAGCCCGGUACUGUGAUUGUUGAAACCCCAGGAUCAGGUGAGCCUGUUACUUCGGCUCCUGGUCUCUACACAACUAUCUACGAGCUUCAUACUGGUACCGGUGAAUUUACUGGUGAGGUCACCCGAACUAUCGCCUCUCCUGAGGGCGACCGACCUGGCACUGUUGUUAUUGAAACGUCAGGACCUGCGCCUACUGCAGCUCCUGGUCGCUACACCACUAUCUACGAACCCCACACAGGUACUGGCGAGUUCACAGGCGAAGUCACUCGAACUAUCGCCUCUCCGGAAGGAGACCAACCUGGCACUGUCGUCAUUGAAACAUCUUCAGGACCUGGCUCGGCUUCUGACCGUUAUACUACUGUUUACGAGCCUCACACUGGUACCGGGGAAUUCACUGGCGAGGUCACACGAACCAUCGCGUCUCCCCAGGGCGAUCAACCUGGAACUGUUGUCAUCGAAACACCAAGAUCAGGAGCUUCUGCACCCGAAACCUAUACCACUGUCUACGAGCCUCACAUAGGUCCUGGUCCGUUUACUGGAAAAGUUACUCGAACCGUUGCGACUCCUCAUGAUGGCCAACCUGGCACUGUUGUGAUUGAAACAUCAGCGGGACCCGGUUCUGAUAUCGAUCGUUACACCACUAUCUAUGAGCCUCAUACAGGUACUGGCGAGGUUACAGGCGAAGUCACACGAACUAUUGCCUCUCCUCAUGAUGGCCAGCCUGGCACCGUCGUUAUCGAAACCCCUGGACCACAAACAGCAAACAAGGGAGCGAACCCUCCUAUGACUAUUCCUGCCGGAGAUGAUAGCUAUGUGACUGUUUUCAGACCUUAUACAGGAACGCCUCAGAUCACAGCACCCACAACGGUCACUACCAUUGCCCCAACCAAUGGCCAACCUGGUACUGUUAUCAUUGAGACUCCAGUACCGGAAACUAGUACCAGCAGCGAUAUGGGCAAUCCUCCCGUAACUCUAUCUGCCGGAGACGACAAAUACGUCACAGUUUUCAGACCUCACACUGGUACUGAUGUGAUAACUGCCCCAGUGACAGUCACUACAAUCAGUCCUUCUGGUGGGCAGCCCGGUACAGUUAUCAUUGAGACUCCCGAGCCGGUCAAGGAAGCUGCAACCAAUACGUCUGGCCCUGAAGAUGUGUUUGUGACUAUCUACAGGCCGUACACUGGCACGGAACAGAUCACGGCUCCGGUAACUAUCACGACAAUUGCUCCAGUUUCUGGAACAGGCACCGUGAUCAUUGAGACUCUUGCACCGCAAACUGCCAGCACUGUCAAGAAUCACGGAACCUACCACAGUCACAACCAUUGCCCCAGUGUCUGGUACUGGAACGGUUAUCGUUGA